UACGUUGGAACGCAAAGCAUUAUGGGAAUAUAACUAGCAGGAAGUGUUUGCUGAAAUGUCCGUCACGUAACCGUAGCGCGUUCCGCCGAUUUUAAUCAACGGCUAACUUUCCCUCAAGUAUUUCUGUUUUGUGGAACUACACUCCCACACAACAGCGGGCGAGGCGCUGACUCAUUGGGCGAGCCAACUGCCCGUCCUUGGCGACCCGAAGCCUGUUAGCAUGCGAGCUAGCCGGUGGCUAGCGCCUCUUGUCGCGCCGUGCAGAAGUCCCGCCACGGCUUUAAGCGCAUAUAUUUCCGGGGCUGAAACCUGACGGGAUUUGUAGCCCUCAGAAAGAUGUUAGACGCGCGUAGUUGAUCGACAGUUGAGCGGGGCGCGGUUUAAGUGCAUUGGCGCACAGGCCCCGCAGAGUCUCAGAGCUGAGAGAACUCAUUUUAUAUGCUGGGCCAUUUUUCUAAUCAUUCCAAUUUGGCAGCAUUGUCAGCAACACUCAACACUGGGGUGUGUCAAAUUGACGUAUUUCAGAAAAAAAAAUUUGCGGGGGAAUGUGAGGUGACCUCAGCAAAGAGGAGACAAACGUGACUAGCGGCAUUCUGCUGGUGAGGCAGGCUGAUGAUGAUGACGAUGAUGCUGAUGCUGACGAUGAUGCAGCACAAUUGAUGCUGCAGUCGGCCGCACCGCAGCCGAGCUCUGCGAUUGGCCGGCAGGGACGCUGAGGAUGCCGCGACGUCAUCCUCCAUAAGGUGCCGGAGGGAAGCCGACGCACGCAUCCGCCAGACGAGCCGCCCAGUCAGCCAUCGUCAGCGCAUCGCAGCGCACUGCACCAUGAGGGAGAUCGUGCACAUCCAGGCCGGGCAAUGCGGCAAUCAGAUCGGGGCCAAGUUCUGGGAGGUGAUAAGCGACGAACACGGCAUCGACCCGUCGGGCAGUUACCAAGGCGACAGCGAUCUGCAACUGGAGAGGGUCAAUGUGUACUACAGCGAGGCGUCAGGCAGCAAAUUUGUGCCCCGGGCCAUUCUGGUGGACCUGGAGCCCGGGACCAUGGAUUCGGUUCGCUCCGGCCCAUUUGGGCAGCUGUUCAGGCCUGACAACUUUGUCUUUGGUCAAAGCGGCGCGGGAAACAACUGGGCCAAAGGUCACUACACGGAGGGAGCGGAGCUAGUGGACUCGGUUCUGGACGUUGUGAGGAAGGAGUCGGAGAACUGCGACUGCCUGCAGGGCUUCCAGAUGACCCACUCGCUGGGCGGCGGCACCGGUUCCGGGAUGGGCACCCUGCUCAUCAGCAAGAUCCGCGAGGAGUACCCCGACCGCAUCAUGAACACCUUCAGCGUCAUGCCGUCGCCCAAAGUGUCCGACACGGUGGUGGAGCCGUACAACGCCACGCUGUCCGUGCACCAGCUGGUGGAGAACACGGACGAAACCUUCAGCAUCGACAACGAGGCGCUCUACGACAUCUGCUUCCGUACCCUGAAGCUGACCACGCCCACCUACGGGGACCUCAACCACCUGGUGUCGGCUACCAUGAGCGGGGUCACCACGUGCCUGCGCUUCCCCGGCCAGCUCAACGCCGACCUCCGCAAACUGGCCGUCAACAUGGUGCCCUUCCCCCGCCUGCACUUCUUCAUGCCGGGUUUCGCCCCCCUCACCAGCAGGGGGAGCCAGCAGUACCGCGCCCUCUCCGUCCCCGAGCUCACGCAGCAGAUGUUCGACGCCAAGAACAUGAUGGCGGCGUGCGACCCGCGCCACGGCCGCUAUUUGACCGUGGCGGCCAUCUUCCGCGGCCGCAUGUCCAUGAAGGAGGUGGACGAGCAGAUGCUGAGCGUGCAGAACAAGAACAGCAGCUACUUCGUGGAGUGGAUCCCCAACAACGUGAAGACGGCCGUGUGCGACAUCCCGCCGCGCGGGCUCAAGAUGUCGGCCACCUUCAUCGGCAACAGCACGGCCAUCCAGGAGCUCUUCAGGAGGAUCUCGGAGCAGUUCACCGCCAUGUUCCGCAGGAAGGCCUUUCUGCACUGGUACACGGGCGAGGGCAUGGACGAGAUGGAGUUCACCGAGGCGGAGAGCAACAUGAACGACCUGGUGUCCGAGUACCAGCAGUACCAGGACGCCACCGCCGACGAGAUGGGCGAGUACGAGGAAGACGAAAUGGACGACGACCGGGACGGCCGCCGUUGAGGAGGCGCCGCCUCGGGAACGAGAAAUCCACCUCUGGGGUAUAGACGCGUGAGAACAACAAGAGAUGUCGACGUAGAUCCGCCCGCAAGCACGUGUGACUCGUUAUCCACGCCGGUACAAGAAAAAAAUACAAUAAAAGCCAAACAAUAACGUUUCGCCUCAAUAAAUCCCAAAUAAAGCUUACACGUGCAAGUCA